AUGACCUCCGAGGAUGCCCCAUCAGUCCAAUUGGAACUAACUGAAGUCGAGACCAAGCUAAGACAACUGUUGCUCGAUGUUGCCGCUUAUAUCGACGAGGCCCCUUCUAAUGGAGACGCUACUGCCGUGCAGGUACCAGAGCACCUUGCAAACGAAAAGAUCACGCUUCGUUGGACGGGAGGAUGGGUGCGAGACAAGCUCUUGAAAGUCGGCAGCAACGACAUUGAUGUUGCCAUCAACAAGAUGACCGGGGAGCACUUUGGCCUCAAGAUGCAAGAGUAUCUUGAAAUCCCAGGCAAUGCAGAGAAACACGGCCUCAUUGAACCCAACGAUGACCUCGAUGCACGCGACAAGACCAAGAAGAUUGCCCCGGGUCUGCACAAGAUUGAGGCGAACCCCGAAAAGUCAAAGAACCUCGAAACAGCCACGACCAAAAUCAUGGGCAUUGACUUGGAUCUGGUCAAUCUAAGGAAAGAGACUUACAACGAAGUCUCUCGCAACCCGCAGAUGGAGUUUGGUACAGCUGAAGAAGACGCCAUGCGCCGCGAUGCUACCGUAAAUGCCAUGUUCUACAACCUCCACACAUGCCAGGUUGAGGACUUUACAGGCCGUGGACAUGACGACAUGGCUGCCAAGAUCAUUCGAACGCCGUUGGAGCCCUAUCAAACAUUCAAGGAUGAUCCCUUGCGAGUACUCCGGCUGAUUCGUUUCGCCAGCCGUCUCGACUACACCAUCGAGCCUGAGACUGCAAAGGCCAUGGGAAACGCAGACAUCCAGGAUGUGCUGAAGAUCAAGAUCAGCCGCGAACGUGUCGGCAUUGAACUCGAGAAGAUGCUCAAGGGUCCUCGGCCGCGUAUGGCGCUGGAGCUGAUUGACCGCUUUGGCCUCUACCGGACCGUCUUUACAGACCCGACGCGCGAGUUGCCUACUGAACCCGAAACAGCCUACUUUACGCCUGCAUACGACUUUGUUGAAUCGGUUGUCAAGAAGAGUGGCGAGGUACCUACUGCUAUUCCAGACAUCCUCAUGAGAAACGAGGAUGAAAAGUACCUGGCUUGGGUCUGCGCUACGAUGAUGCCUUGGGCUGAUGCGCCCACUGUACCCCAUCAGAAGCCCUUGCAACGGCCAUACUUUGUCGCUUACCUAGUCGCUCGUGAGGGUUUCAAGGCGCCAAACAAGAUCUGUGACAUUGUUGCCACAUGCCUGAGCAACAGCGAGGAGAUUCGUAACCUUGUCGCUCAGUGUGCAAAAGGCCUUCGACGACCUGAUACCAUUAACCCGACCAGCGACGCCACAGCUCGGGAUACUCUGGGAAUGGCCAUUCGCCGGUGGGGCUCUACAUGGAGAACGCAAGUCUUGUUCAAUCUCGUCUACGAGGUUGUGCUAGGACGUGUAUCCAAAGAAGAACUUCUCCGUUCCUACUCCAGCUUCCUCAAUCGGGUAACUGAGCUCAAGAUCCUCGAAGCAGAUACCUUCAGACCUCUACUCAAAGGCACAGACCUUGCCAAGGCACUCGGUACAAAGCCUGGCCCUUGGAUGAAGGACGCCCUCGACGUGGUCAUGGCCUGGCAGCUACGCAAUCCCGAUAUCACGGACCCCGCCGCCGCUAUCGAGGCCGUCAAGGCUUCUAGGGGCGAGAAAACCGAUAGUGAGCUUCCCCUUCGCCUGGCAUCACACUUUCUUCAGCUUACCAUUCCACCUCUCUUCCCGCAGAAUAAGCCCUCGUCGAAUGCACUGGAAGCUUCGCGGCAACCGGCGCCGUGGAAGGAGGCGGGGAAUCAAUACGCGCUGGAUUUGCUGGAGUGGACGAUUGGCUCACUAGGCCAAAAGUCGAUAGAAGCGAAAUGGCACUUCCUGAUGCCACCCAUACUCAAGAUGAUUGACGAUGUCGACGUGCAGUGGAAAGCAAAGGGCUGUCAUAUACUUGGUCUGCUUCUUGGACGGCUGCAAAAAGCAGGCGAUGCAUCCAAGAAAGAGUCAAACUUUCUGCAGCGCACGGGUUAUCACCACAUCUUUGCGGACGCUCUACUUCCCUUGUUUACAUAUAUCCCCUCGAUAACACCGGAGCAAGAAUCAGUCACACUGUUCAAAGCAGUCUUGGUUGCUGUAACUUUGCUCGCUCUGCUUCUCCCUACCGAUACGAAUAACGGCGACAACAGAGAGCAAUUCCUAGAUAAAAUCCUUCGUCAGGGUAUACUCUCCCCCCUUGCGCACUUUCCCACUCCGUCGUCGUACCCUGAACUUGCUACGUUGAUCAUGUCUCACGUGCCCGUGGUACAAGGUCACAUGGGCAUAGACACUGUCAAACACCUGCCCGACCUUGUACCUCUGCUCUCGGGUAUCCUGCAAGAGCCCUUUGCACUCGCUCACAUACGGCUGCUGGAUGCCGCGCUCGGCGCUCUGCAGAGUGUGAUGCUGAGUGCUUGGCCUAGGCUGCACAACUACCGCGCAAAUAUCAUGAUGGGGUUGUGCGUGCUGUGGAGUACUUGUCUGGAAGAGCAGAAGAAGCCUAGUGGUCAGGACGUCGAAGGUGUCAAAGCGCAGGUCAAGGACACGGUUGCGAUGCUUGAUGCGGUUAUGCAAGGCCAGGAAGACGGGCUGGUGGAUACGUGGAACCAGGAAAAGUGCAAUGUGGUUCAGGCAGCACCGGGGUUUGAGGACUUGUUUGCAGAGUGCGGUGUCGUGGCCAAGUAA